UAAUUAAGUUCAGACUGCAAGCAUAGUUUAUAUUGCACCAUUUUGCAAAACAAAACACAGCAUUCAAAACCAAGUUUUUUUCUAUCGAAAAUGGCAUUGCAGCAAGCAACUUCGUUCGCAAGCUUCAGAAACCAAAUUUUCUAUCCAUCAAAAACCAUUCACUCUGCAAAACUGGGUGUUUCAAGUUCACCAUUAUUUAUCACUAAAAUCAAAUUAUCUUCCUCUUCCUUGACUAGAAAAUCAGUCAUCAAGGCUCAACAAAUAUCCCACGAAGAAGAUCGUCCACAAGUCAGUUUUCCGCCCACUAUAUGGGGCGAUAGCUUCCGUUCCUUCUCUUUUAAACAAUCGGAGUACGAAUCGUAUAACGAGCAGAUAGAAGUGUUAAAACCAGAAGUGAAGAGCAAGCUAAUUUCUGGUGCAGAUGAUGCUUUUACAAAACUUAUUUUCAUCAACUUGUUAAUUCGGCUCGGGUUAUCAUAUCAUUUUGAGGACGAAAUAGAGCAGCAGCUAGAUGAACAUUUUGAUGCUCUCGUGGCUCAUGUUUCGGAUGAAGAAUGUGAUUUACACACUGUUUCACUCGUCUUUCGAGUUCUCAGACAAAACGGUUACAAAAUCACUUCUGACGUGUUUAACAAGUUCAAGGACAGUGAUGGUAAGUUCAAGCAAAGCCUGGCGACGGACAUAGGGGGCGUGCUGAGUUUGUACGAAGCUGCGUUUGUGAGCAUAACGGGAGAAGAUAUUCUAGACGAAGCUAUCGCUUUCACGAAACCCGUUUUGGAAUCAUACUCGAAUACUAAUGUUAAUGUCUUCGAAAAGCAUAUAAGAAAUGCAUUGAAACACCCUUUCCAUAGAGGCAUGCCGAGAGUUGAAGCCAGACAGUUCAUCUCUCUGUACGAAAUGGACGAGUCUCGCGAUGAAAUCUUACUAAAUUUUGCCAAGUUGGAUUUCAAUCGAGUACAAUUAGUGCAUCAACAAGAACUCAGCGACCUUUCAAGAUGGUGGAGUGAUUUGGAUUUGGUGUCAAAAUACCCGUUUGCAAGAGACAGAAUUGUGGAGCUCUACUUCUGGAUGAUGGGAGUAUUUUUUGAACCUCAAUAUGGCGGUUCGAGAGUACUUGUUACACAAAUUCUGAUUUUGCUGUCAGUGGUGGAUGAUAUAUACGAUGGAUAUGGUACACUUGAUGAACUCAAAUGUUUUACCCAAGGAAUAGAGAGGUGGGGUACUAGUAGCCUUGAUCUUCUACCUGAGUACAUGAAAGUUCUUUAUAAAGCUUUCAUAGAUCUUUUGGACCAAUUUGAAAAUGACAUGAAACAAGAAGAAAGAGCCUUCACAGUUCCUUAUGUGAAGAAUGAGGUAAUUCAAAUAAUCAAAGCGUACAUGAGUGAAUCUCAAUGGUACCAUGACGGUUACGUUCCAUCACUAGACGAGUACAUGGAGGCAGCAUCUUGUACGGGCGGUAUCCCUAUUAUAAUUGCAGGAUGCUACGCAAGGAUGGCACAAGUUAAAGGAACUAAAGAGUUCGAAUGGUUAAUAAAAAAUCCGAAAAUUAUGAAAGCUUCGGGAGCCAUUUCUCGUCUCAUGGACGAUCUUGUAACUCAUAAGGACGAACAAGAAAGAGGUUCGGGACAUGUUGCAUCCUCCAUCGAAUGCUAUAUGAACCAUCACGGAGUUUCCGAAGAGAAAGCCACCGAAGAGAUUAAAGGGAUGGUUGAAGCGUUAUGGAAGGAAAUGAACGAGGAAUGUUUAAGGCCUACAGCUCUACCAUUGUCCUUACUUAUGCCCAUUGUUAACAUUAUUCGUGUGGUAGAAGUUUGCUACAGAUACUGUGAUGGCUACACGAACCCAGAGUACGUCAAGGAAUAUAUCAAAUCGAUGUUCGUCCAACCAAUACCAAUUCAACAAUAGUUUUAAACUUUUUAAUUUUUAUGUUAUUUAAGUUUUUAUAUUUUUCUGGAAGUUGAAUUCAAAUUGAAUAAAUUGAUUGUAUUAGUUCUUUGAUUAUCAAAAACAUUAAGUGAAAUUAUUGGUAUUUAUGGAAAUUGAAACAUAAAUUUAGUGA